GGCCGGGGAGCGUCUGUCGCUCCCUCCCCAGCAGUCCGCAUCGCCGCGCUCCUCCUCGCCUUCCUGCUGCAGGCCGCACCCGCAGUUAAUUCUUCAGAGAGGUUCUCAAGAAGUAUCAAUGAAAAAUCCAAGGACAUGAAAAUAGUGGGAUCAACUACGUUUCCUGUCAAAGUCUAUGUCAAGUUGAAUCAUGACAGUCCCCGUAUUUUGUGUGUGACAAAUCGGCUACGGGUUUCAGAACUGAUUGAUCCAAUAUUCCAGUGGCAUGGACCAAAUGGUGACAUGGUUGCAGAAAAUAGCAGUGUGAAAAUAACACCCACAGGAACCCUAAUAUUCAGACAUUUCAAAUACGACAUGAGUGGAGUUUAUACCUGUUCCAUUGUAUAUAAACCAACUGCAGAGCAGAGUGAAAAAAACUACUUAAUCAAAUAUGUGAUUUAUGCUUAUUCUGAUCCCGACUAUUACUACGAAUUUACAGCCCGAUAUCACUCAGCGCCCUGCAAUAGUAUCUACAAUGUUUCUUUUGAGAAAAAGUUGCUUCAAAUACUAGCCAAACUAGUUGCUGAACUUUCUUGUGAGGUUACUUUAGUUCAGUCAGAGUGCCAUCAUGUUAAAAUGCAGAAAGCAGGUCUGCAAAAUGAAAUCUUCUUUACUUUUAGAGUUUCUUCCUUCGAAGAAAACAAACCAAAGAAUCGCUGUCAGAAAAACACUUGUGAUAAAACUAAAAGAUUAAACAAGGCAAAAGAUCUUAUAGCGAAAUUUUUUAAAGAACAAGUGGAAGUGCUGGGAAAACGUGCUAAUCCAUUGCCUGAAAUAUACUACAUUGAAGGCACUCUACACAUUGUAUGGGUUAAUCACUGCCGCCCAGGAUUUGGAAUGAACUCUCUGAUACAUCCAGAUUGUCCUGAUUGUUGUGUUAUCUGUAGCCCAGGAACAUACAAUCCCAGUGAAGGAGUUCAUUGUCUUCUGUGCAACAGGACUUUGACAUAUGGAGCAACAAAAUGUUAG